AUGGCGCUCAGUGGAAAAAAAGCGUCACCUUCUGUUUUAUCGUCUUUCCUCUCUAACCAUAUCGACCCAAGCGCACCUCCAUUUGUUUUCGGGGAAGUAUUUGACGUCCCUCGACUAAGUCAAGCCAUAGGGAUCCACUUGCUUCAAUGGCACGAAGUCAAGGAUCCAGACAGUCAGGUUCUCGAUGAUCUUAGUUGUUGGACUGUCUGGGAAACCGUUCAACAGCACAUCGAGAUUCCUGAACCACGACGAAAUGUCUCAUGGACGCGAACCGCAGCUUGGGUCGAGCUGACAUCUCUUAGCAUGAGACAUCACAAUCAUGCAUCCUUUUGGUCUCUCGUGUUAAUUGGCACGCUGCACCAGGUUUCCCUUCCCCCGGACUAUCACGUAUUAUGCUUCGAUUUCUGUCACUACAUAAGCGCUCAUCAUACAUGGGAAUGGGAAAUAGACUAUUCUCCUGCAUGGAGAUUUGGAGGCCAACACAUCCAGCAAUGCGAGGAGUUUCCCGUGGAUCAGUGCUUCGGCCUGUUGUCUGUCAUUGCGCUCAGGGUGUCUGAGGUGCAAGAAGAGCUUCGCACACGAAAAGGAAUCGAUGCUACACAUGUUAUCAUGACGAGCGACGAAAGGGACCCGGAAUGGUGA